AUAUCUUUGACCCGAAAGAGGCCACGUCGAAAUGUGAGAAGUCGUGCGUCCAGUUUCUUAGAGUUCCAGACUGACGAAAAAACUGUCAAAAAUGUAGACUUUCACAAUUAGAGGACUGUAACAAAGAUAAAGACGGUUGAAGCACACCACAAGCUCAAUUUGCAUAUAAAGUUGACAUCAGAGACGAUCCCACGAUGGAGUUUUCGGAAGAGCUGGAUCUGAAAAUGAAAGGACCAAGAGAUCCCCUUCUUUCGCCUGAAGAGGAUGGUGGUGGAGACGUCGUAGACAUUCUUAAGACGAGAGAUGGGGAUCUUAAGACUCGGAGACAGAAACCCUUUCUCACCCGCAGAGUUCGGUGGCAGGUGGCCAUCUUCUGCUGCCUGUUCCUGGGUUACUUCAGCAUCAUUCUGUGCAGGGUCGGCACCGAGGUUUCUCUGGCAGCCAUGACAGAUGACAAAGAGCUAGAAUUUACCAAGUUUGAUGCAGGGACUGUCCUGGCCUAUGGUAACGGUGCCUACAUCGUGGGUAAAAUGCUGGCAGGGGCGGUAGCGGACACAUUUGGGGGCAAGAGGGUCAUGAUCUCUGCCCUGACUGCAGUUGUCUUCUUUACCUCGCUGUAUGCCAACGUCUACAUCAAGGUGUUCUUCAUCGCAAUAUUCAUGGUCAACAAAAUAUGUAUGAGCAGCGGCUGGCCUGCCCUAACCAAGCUGGUCUGUAUCUGGUUUGACGAGGAGCAUUAUGGGAAGGUUUUCAGCGGAAUGUCCAUCGCCAGUAGAUCAGGAGGGCUGGCGUCAACUUUUCUCCUGGGAGGGCUCCUCUCCGCAGGCCUUCACUGGAGAGUUAUUCUCUUUGUGGCAGCUACUGUUGCUUUCUGCAUGAUGCUCGUGAGUGUUUGCAUCCUGCGGGAGUCGCCGGUUGACCUUGGCCUUCAACCUUCCAUCAAGAAGCCAAAAGAUGACUUCAAAGGUGGCAACGGCCAUCCGCUGGAGAAAGCCAAACUGAUGGAAGCAUUGUUGUAUUUUGCCAGAAGUCCGGCAUUUUGGUGUCUGGGGAUCGCCAAUCUGUUUCUUACAGGGUGUAUGGAAAUGCAAAGCAUCCUGCCUCUGUACUUCAAAGACAGCCUACACCUGUCCCCCGGCCACGCAGCUCUGGUCGCCUCCUCCUUCCAGGCCGGGGCCGUAGCCUCCCUCAUGAUCGGUGGGAUCGUCUACGACCACAUCAGCCCUCGCUCUCGGUUCCUGUUCCUCACAUCCCUCCUGGGGGUAUCGACGGGGUGUCUCAUCAUCCUGUGGAGGGUUCCGGACAUCACCAUUCCCCUGGCGGGGGUGGUCGUGUUCGUCCUCGGAGCCACCAUCUCCACCCCGUACUACAUUCCCGGCGGAGUCUUCUCAAUGUCGUUCGGAGGGGAGAGGUACUGCUCGACGCUGGUCAGCAUUCUGGACGUGUUCGGGUACUGUGCCUCUAUCACUAUGGACAGCAUCAUGGGAGCCAUGCCCUGGCAUGACCUGUUCACUGCCCAGGUGGUGAGCUGUGUCAUGGCGCUGGUGUUUCUGGGGGUGUUCAUGUGCACUAAAGCUGCUCGCUGAGGCUGUCGGGACU